AUCUAAAUCUAAUUUUCGUGAGAGGAGGAGGUCUCCAUCUUUCAUCGUCAUCUCUGUGGGCGAAGCAAGAUCAUCGAUUUUGGUUCCGUACUCUUCUGGAACGCCCUGAGUCUGUGAUAAUGAGCAAAGUCCCUUCUAAUCCCGACACUGUUCUUGUCAAUGGCCUGUGGGAUAAGGAAAACGCAGAUCUCCCCAUAGGUUAUCCUAUUGAAUCCCUCGUAAGCUUCAUUAACACAGCCUUGAAGCAGCACGACAGUAGAUUCAUGCUAAACACGCUUACAGCUUACGGUCCCAAUCUACCCUCAGAAAGAAAGCACGGCAUCGACUAUGUUUGUAUCCCAAAAGAAUCUGUUGCAUGUCAAGCUGAGUUUCCCGUUGUUGGACAGUGUUUGAAACUGGUCGUUGAGAAACCAGGUGAAACGAAAGUAAGGAUAAUGAGAUCUACUGAUGUGGCGGACAAGUAUUUGACAACUGACCUAUGUCUUCAACUGGGACAACCGGAAAAAAGGCCUAUACUAAUCAUUGCAGGCGAUGGCGAUUACCUCAGUUGCUUUGAAGAAUUCCCUGACUCGUACCUCAUGCUCGCUGAGCCCAAAAACUCAAAUCGUACUCUCCGUGUAAGUGCAAAAGUGGCUUGGACAUGGUCCUCUGAAGAUAAUGCGGGGCAAAUGAUAUCCGGAGGUGGACUUCGGCACGGCAAUGUGGCUUGGAGCAGUAAGACUGUGGCUGGGACUGGGAGUGGGGGUCGCAGAAAGUAGCGUUUCAUUUGGGGAACUUGUUGCCUUACUCUGAUUUGGGGAAUUUUCUAAUCGUCAUAUGUAGACCAAACUUUGCUAACCCUUUUGUGGUUUGUGUUAAGUUGGUGGAUAUAACAUUAAUUUGUGGAACGCUUUCUUUCUUUUGUGUGUUUUUUUUUUCGAAACUUUGGAAUUGUUUCUUGGUCCACCUUCAUA